CGCCUCGCGGGGCAUCUUGGGAAAUGUAGUCCCAGCCCCGUUGUUUUCCUACCACCACACAGGUAAUUGCGUUCCCGCACGGGUUAGCCAUUGGUGAGCCGCGUUAGCGUUGCUUUGGACGGGGUCGAGCGACUCGCCCGGGCAAGCAGGUGCAGCUGCGGGGAGCGGGCGGAAGGGUUGCCCGACAGCUCAGGCACUAGGAGGAGCUACUCGUCCCGCGGCUUCCUCGACUCCGCCUCGGGGGACGGCGGUGGAUGCGCAGUGCGAGUGUCGCCGCCUCGGCUCGGCGUGCGUCCUGGUUACACUGCUUGAACGCCUUAGGUUUAUAAUACUCUCAGAUUCAAAAGAUGGCAGUCAUUGACCUGUCCUCCACAUCAACUCUACCCAUACAAGACUUUACCUGCUUCUGUAUGAGAAAAACAGAGGAGGAAAGAGUAGUUGCUGGAUUGUUGACCACCUGGUUACAAGAACCAGUGACCAUCAAGGAUAUAACUCUGGAAUUCACUCUGGAGGAGUGGAUGAUGCUGGACUCUGCUAAGAGAAAUCUGUACAAAGAUGUAAUGGUUGAAAACUAUAGGAAUCUUACUGCAAUGGAGUAUCAGUUAUGUGAGCUUUCUGUGAAUUCCUUCUUGGAUCAAGAAGGAAUAAGAACUAUGAAAAGAAUUCCCCACACUGUCUGUCCAAACUGGAUGAUUGAAUUUAAAACCGACAAAUCAAUUCCUACACAUAAUAUCUCUAGGGAGAAAGCAUCCAAUGGAGUGAAAAUACAAUUCUUAAUGAACAGUUCGUCCUCCACAUUAAGAGAAGACUGGGAAUGCCAGAAGAUAAGAAUACAGCACAAGAUCCUAGAGAGACAUUUUAGGCAAGUGACGCAUAUGCAAAAGAAAACAGCAUUUCAGGAGAAUUUCUGUGAUUAUCAUGAAUUACAGGAAAACUCUAAACUUAGACCAAAAAUUAUGUUUUCGCAGAGGGUUUCCACCAGCAAACAUUGGCAUAAGUGUAACUCAGAUAUUCAAUAUUUAAAACAUAAUUCAGUGCUAAGCAGUUAUGAGGAAAACUGUAUGAAUGAAAAGGCCUGUGAAAGUCAUGAAUUUGAUCAUUCUCUAUGGCAUCUUGCAAGAAUUCUAGCAACACAAAAACAGUACACAUGCUCUCAAUAUGGUAUGCACUUCAAAUACAGUAGUAUGUUUCCUAUACAUAAUAGUCUUCAUGUAGUGGGAAGUUCCUGUGAAUAUAUUAAAAACAAGAAACCUUUUUGUCAUCAUUCAUCUCUUAAGCAACAAGAGCAAAUUCAUACCAAAGACAAAGAUUAUGAAUGUAGUCAAUGUGCAAAAGCCUUCAAAAGGAUUUCUAAUUUUAUUUUGCACAAAAAAAGCCAUAUGGGUGCAAAACAACAUGAUUGUAAAGAAUGUGGGAAAGUAUUCAAUGCUUCCUCUACCUUAAGAAGACGUGAAAGAACUCACACUGGGGAGAAACCCUAUGAAUGCAAUCAGUGUGGAAAGUCCUUUGGCACAAGCUCUUACCUUAUAGUACACAAGCGAACACACACUGGAGAGAAACUCUAUGGCUGUAGUGACUGUGGAAAAGCCUUUAACACAAGCUCUCACCUUAAGGCUCAUAGGAAAAUACACACUGGAGAGAAUCUUUUUGAAUGCAGUGACUGUGGGAGGGCUUUUAGUGGUUUCUCUUCCCUUAGAAUGCACAUCAGAACACACACUGGAGAAAGGCCUUAUGAAUGUAUGGAAUGCAGGAAAGCCUUCCAUGUUUCUUCUUCCCUUAAAAGACGUGAGAAUUCACACUGGAGAGAAACCCUAUGAAUGUAUUCAUUGUGGAAAGGCUUUCAUUCAGAGUUCUUCACUUACUAUACACAAGAGAAUUCAUAAGGGGAGAGAAACUUUCUAAGUGCUAUAAAUGUGGAACUUUUGCAUUGUCUUAUAAUUAACUUCAAUCUUAUUAUUUAAAUUUUUAUUUUCAGAUUACCACUUCAGGGUAUUAAUGGCCUUGAACACAUUCAUGUAGUUUUGUUCUGCGUUUUGUUCUAUGACAAUUUUUAUUUAGUUCUGAAUAUUGUCUAAUUAUUGUCAUUUUUUGAUCCUGGCUAUUUAAAAUUACAUUUUUAAUAUGUGUGAUAAGAUUUUCAGUUGCCUUUUUAUUAAGAAUUUUAAGUUUGUUGCAUUGUUAUCAUGGUACCUGGCCUACAUUAUACUACUGUUUUGGUACUGUAUUUUGUAAGAGUUUUGUUCUGUCCCAAUGAGACAGAUACUGUUACUAACCUAACAACACUCAGCCUUCCUUACUAAUAAGUCCUGUAUUAGCUAAGGAUACCAAUUUGCCUAGUUAUAAAAGCUUUCUCAGGCUCUUGUUCCCGAAGGUAGCCAUCUCCCCAAUUCCUAACCAGACAGGAAUAGACUAAUAUCACUGGGAACUGAAUUGUUUAUUCUUUCUGCCUUUCACACUGUGUCUUUCUGCCAUGUCCAUUCUUCUCUCCCUUGGAAUUUUCCAGUCUUGGAGCUGAAAGAUCCAUCUUAUGACUAUAAGAAGGACAGUCACGGCUUAAGGAUGAUAUAAAAGAGAUCCUGAUUCCCAAAGGCACCUUUAAAUAGUUGUGCUACCCUUCUAGUGCUUACUUCAGGACAUCUUUUUGUGUGGGGAAAAAAAAAAAAAAAACCUGAUUUUUUUUUUAAAGCAGUACAUAGUACAGUCAGUACAGUGGCAGUUUUUAAAAAACGGGUAUAUAGAGUUAAACGUGCUACUUUAAAGGUAUGCAUUUCAAAAGGAAUCUAGAAAAGGGAAAAUACGAGUGUUGACAGCACAGCAUUUUUGUGAUUAUGCAGGAGAUAAAGACAGAGAUGACAUGACUGGAAGCAGCUCCUCAGAGAAGAAAGGAAUCUCAACAUUUCAGCACCAGAAACUCAUAAACUUUCAAAUAGAGGGGAAAUUACUAAUUUUAAAUACUAAGUGGCACUUGAGAUUUCACUUCCUGGCCUUUCAGACACUGACUAGAUUGGCUUUAAUGUAUUAUGAAACAAAAUACAGAAAAACACACACAUGGAAGAAAAAGAUAGUGGUUGCACAUUUAGUCAUGUUAAUUUGUAGAUACACAUGUUAAUACAAUUCUAGACUUGAAGAAGUGUGUAGACUAAAGAUACAUUUUAAUGACCCAUUAGAUAGACUAAUAACCAUGUAAAAGUGCCUAAGAUUAGCUAGGGGAAAUGGAAUGAAGAGAGAAUGUCUGCCAUUGACCAUGAAGAAUAUUUAAAAGGAAAGAGAAAUGAACCGCAGUAGAUAAUGGAGAAACCACAGACAGUAGAGUUUCACCAAACCAAGACAAAUUAGUCAAAUGAAUGUGAAGUUAACUGCUUUCAGUGUUACUCAGGGAUCCAAUUAGAUGAAGUCUUAAAAAGUGAACCUGUAUAGUUAUGUUAAGAUCAUUAAAGGGGCAUGGAAGAGAAUGAAUGUAGGGAGUGGCUGAAGCUGGAAAUUGGUCACAUGUGGGUGGAGGCAAGGCAAGGUGGGCCUGAGAACAAAGAGCACCUGAGGCAAUCCAGCUGCUUCAGUCCAGAGAAACAAGGAGAUAGUCACAGCCAUUAGUUGCCAGGGAAACCUAUGUCACGUGAUACUUUCUCCACUGUAUAAAUAAACUCCCCUACAGUGUUUGAGCAAUUUUGCUUUCCUCCUAUCUGGAGAGAGGGCUUCACCUGACCUCCACUUUUUUUCUCUUAUCUUUAUUAAUCCUCUUGCUGUUCUUCCCCUUGAGAACAUCAAGAGCCACAGCAGUUCGCAGCACAUGAACAGACAAAUUUGAAUAUUCAUUGAAAACAACUUUAAUUUCUGAAAUACUAGUUUGUCUUGGUGAAAUUCCAUUCCUCUUAAGAAAUGACUAUAACAUUCUGGGAGGCUGAGACAGAAAGAGUUCAAGUUAGAGUCCAGCCUGUGUAAUACCAGCUUAGCAAGACCAUUAGCAAGACCAGCUUAGCAAGUGCAUUCACUCCCCAGUACCACAAAAAAUAAAUAUAUGAGGUACUAAGCUGUUUGGGGGGGUACUGGAGGUUCAACCCAGGGCUACAUCCUCACCCCUUUGUAAACUUGAGACAGGGGCCUCAUUGAGUCACUAAGUUGCCAGGCUGGGGCUCAGACUUGGAACUAUCCUCCCUCAGCCUCCCAGAGUGCUGGUAUUACAGUGAUGCACUACAUAGCCAUCCUCUACCUCCACAGUCUCUUCCCUGCCUUAACCUGACAUGAUCAUCCUUUAUGCAUUGUAUCCUUUGUCUGCUGUAACAUUACUUGUGAUACUUUAAUGGUAUUGCCUGCUUGUGUAACUUGAGUCUAUAAAUUUUGGUAAGAAUUCACUGUUUUACUCUUACUAUGUGGCCCAAAGUGUUCCAUAUCCAAAAACUUUGUGGUUUUUAUUUAGUAUCUCAGUAGAAGUUUAACUUAAAAAUAACAGUAGAUAUUUAAGUGAUAGAAUCAGUACAUUGUUUUCUGAGCACUUGUAUCAUCACUCCCAGAGCAAGUGUUGCAAUAGUACCGGUUUGUAGUACAGGUAUGGAAAGACAGUGACUGUUCAGAGAACAGCAGCUCGUUGUUUGUUCAUAGUCUCGCCCCUCACCUGACAUACAGAUUGUCAUUUUUCAUGUUACUCUACUGUGUAUUACACCAUUAAAAGGACAGAUUGAUCCAGUACAGGUGAGUGGCAGUGUCCUCCUUUAAACUAGCAAUGUAAGUAUAGAUUUAUGGAAUAGUCCUCCCUUAUCUGCAAUUUUGCUUUCCAUUAUUUAAGUUACCUACAUGGGCUGAAAACACUAA